ACCUUCAAGAAGCCGAUACUCUUAGAAGCCACAGUUUAGGGUUUUUCGAUUUUUCAUCUUUGUCAAAUUUCAUCAGUUUCUUCCGAUUCAACAAUGAGUUCCACUAAGGGAGGUAGAGGAAAGCCCAAAGCCACCAAAUCGGUCACACGAUCGCACAAAGCCGGCCUCCAGUUCCCCGUCGGUAGAAUCGCGAGGUUUUUAAAGGCCGGGAAGUACGCCGAGCGAGUCGGAGCUGGAGCCCCGGUGUAUUUGUCUGCCGUUCUUGAGUAUCUUGCCGCUGAGGUACUGGAGCUUGCUGGGAAUGCAGCAAGAGAUAACAAGAAGAAUCGUAUUGUGCCAAGGCAUAUUCAACUUGCAGUGAGGAACGAUGAGGAGUUGAGCAAGCUUCUGGGGUGCGUAACCAUUGCAAAUGGAGGAGUUUUGCCCAACAUUCACCAAACCCUUUUGCCUAAAAAGGUUGGUAAAGACAAGGGUGAUAUUGGGUCUGCAUCACAAGAGUUCUAGGGUUUUAGGUUGUAUUUUGGGGGUGAUUUUGGUUCUUUUCCAGAGAUGACAGAAGUGUGAUGUUGAAAUGAAUGGGGUAUGGAUCUGUUCCAUUUGCUGGGUCAUCUUGCUUAGUUUUGCUUAGAUGCAUAUGGUUGGUCUGGAUUCAUGUAAUGUUGUUAUCAAGAAUGAUGAUGAUGAUGAUACUCCCUUCUAGAUUUAGAAGUAUGAAAUGUGUAUUUUCUUGUUCAAAGAACU